GAAUUACAAAACUUCUAUAAUUAUUUUUAUGAAAAAAAUUUCAUAGUACUAGCAUUGCUGAUAAAUUAUUUGCGAUUCAUAACCGUUUCUAUUAAUUAAUGGUAAUUAUUUGGGAUUCAUAACCGUUUCUUUUAAUUAAUGGGCAUUGAUGAAGGUAUAUAUAUGUUGACGUGUGUCUGGAAACUUUUCCAGAACUUCCUUGAGACGUAGCAUUUCUCUUUACUAGUGAGUGUCAUCUCUCUCUCUCUCUCUGUCUCUCUCUCUCUCUAACUGGUUUCGAAGGGGAGAGGACGAACGAGCAAGACCAUGGUUUCCACAAGAAGAAGUGGAUCUCUCAACGAAAACAACACCAAGCGGUCGUCGCCGUCGUCGGAAGACAAGCCUCCGCGGCCAAAACAACAAAAGGUUGACAAUGGCUCUGCAUCAGAUAAAUCGACUCCGGCUGAGAAUUCCAAGCAAUUGUGCACCACUCCGGUGGUAAUUCCACCGGAACGUGGCUCUGUUGAUCCUCCGACCGCCGGAGGUGGUGGCGGAGAAGCUCCGAGUUCCGGGAAAGUGGAUUCAACUCAAGCGGUUGCUCAAGGGUCUUGGCCAAUUGUGGCGGAUAAACCGAAGAUUUCUUUAUCUUCACGGAGUGCUCAUCAGAAGAAGAGGCCGAGUUUUGAUCCUACAACCCCAUGGUGCAGGCUUUUGUCGCAGUACGCACAGAAUUCGAAUGUUCCAAUUUGCACAUCAAAAUUUUUAAUCGGUUCAAGCAGAUUCAAUGAUCUUGUAUUGAAGGACCAGACCGUUAGUGCAAAUUUGUGUGUGAUCAAGCAGGCAAAGUACGCAGACACUUUUGUUGCUAUGCUCGAAAGCAGGGGGAUGAAGGGAUCUGUGCAAGUAAAUGGGAAGAUUAUUAAGAGGGGUAACAUCUGUGUCGUCAAUUCUGGUGAUGAGGUGGUUUUUGGUCGUUUGGCGAACCAUGCUUAUGUAUCCAUCUAUUUCAUUUCAGUGCGGCUCUUUGAUCAAUAUUAAAGUUUUGCUCAUGGGUUCUCAAUAUUCUUUAAUACCUUUUCCUUG